AUGGAGAAACAACAGCAACCACAGAAACGCCCUCUGUCUCUUGACUGGGACACACUCCAUGAUACGCCGGCGGCGGAACUCGUAGUGAAAGCUCCCGAUCAGAAACCUCCGCCGUAUGUUGACCUGGAUAGUCUCAAGGAUUAUGAGCUCGAGGAUGAUAUUAGGAGAAAGAAGAAGCUUCUUGAAACCUCCGGUAGUAAAUUGCCAGACGGGGGAAGCAAACUUCGCGCUGCCAUUGAGUUAUACGAAGAAGAGUUUCGUAAACGGAAAAUGAACCCUCGUCCUCAGAAAGUUGAUGAGGAGCAGAAGCAAGGAAAAGCUACUGCCAGCUCAAGUUCUGUUGGUGUGUCUAAUAUCCCGAGAGAAGAGAAUUUGCCAUCUCGUCCACAGUCAACAUCUUCUUUUGCAUCUUGUUUUAUAAAGAAAAUGGAAGAUAAUCAGACUAAUUGUACAUCUGAUGAUGCAUUUAGCAACGAGAUGCCGCAUUUCAAGCAUUGCAACAGCCAGGUAGUACGACACAACAGAGAGCCUAAAAAAAGAAAGAGACGUCGAUCAUCUUCAAGACCAUUGCCAUUUCAAUUCUCGAGCAAACUUUCCAAAUGUGAUACUUUUAGUGAUAAUGAUAAAAGGUGCCGAGCCAAUUCUACCUUAUCGGUACAGACAAUUAAAAGGAAUCUAUCAAGACAGUUCUCAAAAGAUAAGGGUGCAUUUCAGGAAGUUCAAUCAGAUGGUUCAAGGUCCAGGAAGGGUCAACCCAUUGUUCUCGAUGAUGACGACAGCGAUGACAGUGACAAUCCUCAUAUUGUGGAGAAAACAGAAAACAAGGCUCCUGAAUAUUUGAAAGAUGCUAAGAUCUAUUUUCCUUCAAGAGAUGAUCCUGAGUGUGUUGAAGUUUGUUACAAUGACAUGGAAUGCCUUGCUCCUGAAGGUUACUUAACAUCAACUAUCAUGAACUUUUACAUUCGAUAUUUAAAGCAGGUAUCUCCGACAAUAUCAGACUACCAUUUUUUCAACACAUAUUUCUACAAGAAACUUAAAGAAGCUGUUUCCUGCAAGGAAAGUAACAGGGACACAAUAUUUUCAAAGUUCAGAAGGUGGUGGAAGGGUGUAAAUAUUUUUCAGAAGGCAUAUGUUUUGAUUCCAAUACACCAGGAUCUUCAUUGGAGCUUGAGCAUUAUUUGUUUCCCAGACAAAGAAGAUGAAUCAGGACCUAUAAUACUUCAUUUGGAUUCUUUGGGGCUUCACUCUAGUCGAUCAGUUUUUGAAAACAUUAAAAGCUAUUUGAUAAAAGAAAGGAACUAUUUGAGUAAGGAAUGCGCGUCUUCAGAUGUCCCGAUUGCAGACAGAAUAUGGAAGUCUCUUUCUAGUACAAUUGAAACUGUAAUCAUGAAGGUUCCCCAACAGAAGAAUGAGUAUGACUGUGGUCUUUUUGUGCUGUACUUCAUUAAGCGUUUCAUGGAAGAGGCACCCGAUCGACUGAAAAAGAAAAAUUUAUCAAUGUUUAGCAAGAAAUGGUUCAAACCUGAAGAGGCAUCCAGUUUGAGAGCGAAAAUCCAGAAGUUGCUUGUAGCAGAACUACACAGUUCAAUCAAGCCUGAUGGUAUCACUGAGUCAUCCCCUUCAUCUGCUGGUGACGCAAUCGAAUGCGAUGAGACUGCCAAGGACUCUAGCUCUUCAUCUGCUGGUGACGCAAUCGAAUGCGAUGAGACUGCCAAGGACUCUAGCUCUUCAUCUGCUGGUGCUGCAACCGAAUGCGAUGAGACUGCCAAGGUCUCUUCAAUCAAAGAUGGCAUCACGAGUUGCGAUUCUCUCAUGAUAGAAUGA